GCUGCCAAGGUUGGCGGCGCGGAGGAAAAGAGCCCUCCGGCAGGCCUGGCUCUCCCCCCGCCCCCCGGGUUGGUUUUUCCCAGCUGCGGAGGUUGGGCCAGGGGCUGGGGUGCGAGGAGAGUCGGCGCCCGCAGCGCGGAGCCGAGAAGUCGUGGAGACUCUGGUGGGACUGAGUUGUCUCGGGAGGUGACGGGCGCGGAGGUCCCGGAGCGGAUCAAGCGUGAGGCGCCAACAAAAGAGGCAAGGAGGUGCCACCCCGGGGGCGGCGGCAGGAAGAGGAGCGGGAGGAGGAGCGCGGAGCUGAGAGUCCGGACCCGCCGUGCGUACUUUCUGGAGGGAAGGGGCGGGGGAAUCGACCCCGGGCGGGGAACGCCUGGUGGCGAGGGGUUUAGCCAAGUUCCGGCCGCGGCGUCCCUCCUCCGCUCCCACGAGAGGAAAGUUUUCUCCAGACGCUUCCGGCUGGCCCGCACCCUCCGGACCCAGCCCGCGAGCCUUCGGAGCGGGCGCCGUCCCAGCCCAGCUCCGGGGAAAGCCGCGCCGCGAUGCCUGGGGGGUGUUCCCGGGGCCCCGCCUCAGGGGACGGGCGGCUAUGGCUGGCAUGGCUGGCGCGGCUGGCGCUGUUCCUCCUGGGCUGGGUCUCCUCUUCUUCUCUCACCUCCUCGGCGUCCUCCACCUCGUCCGCGUCGUUCCUGGCCUCGGCGGUGUCCGCCCAGCCCGCGCUGCCAGGCCAAUGCCCCCAGCCCUGCGAGUGCUCCGAGGCUGCGCGCACUGUCAAGUGCGUUAACCGCAACCUGACGGAGGUGCCCGCGGACCUUCCCCCCUACGUGCGCAACCUCUUCCUUACCGGCAAUCAGCUGGCGGUGCUCCCCGCCGGCGCCUUCGCCCGCCGGCCGCCGCUGGCUGAGCUGGCCGUGCUCAACCUCAGCGGCAGCAGCCUGGAGGAGGUGUGCGCUGGAGCCUUCGAGCAUCUGCCCAGCUUGCGCCAGCUCGACCUCAGCCACAACCCGCUGGUCAACCUCAGCGCCUUCGCCUUCUCGGGUAGCAACGCCAGCUUCUCGGCCUCCAGCCCCCUGGUGGAACUGAUGCUGAACCACAUCGUGCCCCCUGACGACAGGCGGCAGAACCGGAGCUUCGAGGGUAUGGUGGCAGCGGCCCUACGAGCCGGCCAAGCGCUUCGCAGGCUCCAGCGCCUGGAACUGGCCAGCAACCACUUCCUCUAUUUGCCUCGGGAUGUUCUAGCCCAACUACCCGGCCUCAGGCACCUGGAUCUACACAACAACUCUCUGGUGAGCUUAACCUAUGUGUCCUUCCGCAACCUGACGCACCUAGAAAGCCUCCACCUGGAGGACAACGCCCUCAAAGUCCUUCACAAUGGCACCCUGGCCGAGUUGCAAAGCCUGCCCCAUGUCAGGGUCUUCCUGGACAACAAUCCCUGGGUCUGCGACUGUCACAUGGCAGACAUGGUGGCCUGGCUCAAGGAGACAGAGGUAGUGCAGGGCAAAGCCAGGCUCACCUGUGCAUUCCCGGAAAAAAUGAGGAAUCGGGCUCUCUUGGAACUCAACAGCUCCCACCUGGACUGUGACCCUAUCCUCCCUCCGUCCCUGCAGACUUCUUAUGUCUUCCUAGGUAUUGUUUUAGCCCUGAUAGGCGCCAUUUUCCUACUGGUUUUGUAUUUGAACCGCAAGGGGAUAAAAAAGUGGAUGCAUAACAUCAGAGAUGCCUGCAGGGAUCACAUGGAAGGGUAUCACUACAGAUACGAAAUCAACGCGGACCCCAGGUUGACAAACCUCAGUUCUAAUUCGGAUGUCUGAGAAACAUUCGAGGACAGAACAAGGACAGCUAUGCAUGAGAUGUAGACUUAAGCUUUAUUCUGUCCUAGGCUUGCUCCACUUCCACCUUCCACUGUGGACACCGCUGACCUUGACUGAAAGCAGUGAAGGGAAUUUGCUCCCUUGUUAUGUGAAGUUUUUUGGUGUGUCUUGUUAAUGUAAGACGAUGAAAAACUGUGCAUAGUGUUUUAUCCUUUUCCUUUUCUUGGAACUCGACUCGUGUGGAGGGAUUUUUCGAGUUUUAGCAUGAACGUGGACUCCUGGCUGUUUCUCUUAGUACAGAGCUCAAGGUGUAGCCAGUGUAGCCACACAGAUAGCAUUCAACAAAAGCUGCCUCAACCUUUUUGAGAAAAAAAUACUUUAUUCACAAAUAUCGGUUUUAUUCUCAUGUACCAAAAUUGUGGAGAAAAUAAAUGCAUUCCAUAAACUGCCUGCAGAUUUUAGCAAGUUCUUCAGAGUAACUCCAUAGCCCACAGGAGCACCUGCAUCCGAGAGCAUGCUUAUAUUUUACUGUUCUACGUAUUACAAAAAAAUAACUUGCAACUUCAGAUAACUUCUUUAACAAAGUAAACUACUUUUUUGGUUGCAGUUUAUAUGAAACUAUACUGAAGUUUUUUUUAUAAACUGCAUUGAGAUCCAACAGACUAAAUUGUUAAAAAAAAACUUCAAUAAAGAUUCUUAAAAGAAUUACAGCUGUGUUCAAGUUUGCUAUUUGAAAAAAAAAGGAUUGGGGCAAUGAUGUCAGAAUGGUCUUGGUUUUGAUGGUAAUUGAGGUAUUGUAGCUGAAAACGAAAGUGGAGUAGUGUCUUAAGUAAUAGAAUUUGGAAAUAGUUUUGAGAUGGUGGAACCUUUCAGGAUUUAAAUAGAGAAUGUGAAUAUACAUAUAAUAGAUUUAUUGUAGUCCGAAAGUUAAUGCUAUUCAUGAAACAAUUUUGUAAGAGCAUUAUAAAGUUGAUAAGAGGGGAGAGUUCUGUAUGAUAAACAGCUCACAGUUCAGAGCUUUUUCUAGGCUAAGUUGUUAGAAUGGAACAAAAUUAUUUACUUCAUAAAACUUUCUGUGUGAAAUUGUUCUAUGGGUUUUCAGAGCAGAGUAUGAAAUAUAAUGCAGAUGUUUUAAAAUGAAGUAUCUUAAAGACAAUACUCUAAAACAAAAGAUUAAAAAUGUAAAUUUUUAAAAAUUUCCUGAGCAUGUAAAUUGGAACUUAGAUUUUCUUGAGGAUAUUAAAAAAAAAACAAAACCACUUAAAAUAGAAUAUACAUGGUCAAUAGUUUAUCAGAGAUGCUGCUUGUAUGUUUAAAAAACCAUCAUGACAGGAUAUGAAUUUGAGGAACUAACCAGAGACAACGGCCUACAUCCAUAAACAAGUGUCUCAAUGAAUCAUAGGUUGUGUUCAGUUCAUAUUUAAGAAUUGGGGUAUCAAAAUAUUCCCCACCUCUACUUUAUAUUAGUAUAUACACCUGUGUGAAGAAUAAAUCACUGUAGGUGUAAAUAACAGCAAUUGCUUAAUCAAUUGAUACUAUCAGUAAUGGACAAGAUUUUCUUUUUUUUUUCAGUUUAUUGUACGCCAAGGAAUCCUAAAAGUAAAUUCCAUUACUCUCCAAGCUAUUAUAUAAAGUGACAUUAGCCAUUAUUGCUUAACAUACAGUGUAGGUAAACUCGCAUCAAUAAGUCUUAAGGCCUUUUUUCUCUUUAAAUUGAUUAUGUUCUACAGUGCUUUAUAUUUGAAAUAAAAUUUACAUUUCCAUAUAUUUAUAAAUGAAAUAGGAUUGCAGUCCUUUAGGUAGGUUCUAGAGAUCUUUGCCUAUUCCUUCUUUGAGUUAAAUUGAGAAGUUUUGAAAAUAGGACUAAAAAUCUAUGAAUCUGUUCCUUCUUUAGACUCUGUAGUCGGAAUAUGAAGUUCUAACUAGAUUAAGUUUCAUAAGACUCAUUUUAUGAAAUAUAGUAUUUAUUAUGUACAGGAGAUAUUUCAGAUCCUAUAAUUAAUUACCCAAGGAAAAGUUAAAUAUAUGGCACUUAAUAUUCCAUUAAACAUUUUACGUGUUCACCAGGAAUUCAUAAAUUGGCUGGCUGUCAUUAUUUCUUAGGAAUGAUGAAGAUAUUAACCUGCUAAAAAUAGUAAAAACAUCUAAUAAAUAAGGGCACACAUAGCAUCUCAGAAAUAAACUGAUAGACUUUGGUAAGUCUGCUGAUUCUGUGGAAAACAAAUUGUAAUGCUUACAGUCUAUUUAGAAGAAUUUUUUCUUCUUCAUCCCAUGAUAAUCUUAGCAGUUAAAAACCAAGCUCUAGCUAAGAUCCAGGAAAGCAGUAGAUUUCCUUAGUCUAGUUUUUCUCAUUCACUCGCUGAAGCAGGAUCCCGGAUAAAGUGAGGUGUUUUUGCCUGUUAGGUGAAUGGCUUUUUUGAAGUUAUGACUUCCUGCUUUUUCAUCCCCUUGCUCCUUCCUUUGUAUAAACUUCCCAAUUUGCUCUUGGUCUCUUUCCUGUCAUAUCACUCCUUGCUAGUCUCUGGCAAUAGAACAUUGCUUGGACAAAAAAAUAAUAACUGUUUAGAAACAAUUGCUAUUGUGCAGUCAUAAUACUCUAAGUCUGUAAACUCCUAAGGCAGUCUGAGUUCCUUAGAAGACAGGUGCUAUAUAAAUCCAAUUAGUAUAAGGGGAUAUAAGAAAAAUGAAAUAAAAGUAUCAUAACUUUAAGUGUUUUAAACACUGAUCUUUAGUACCAUUUUGCAUUACUAAUCCUAAUCCAUUUUUAAAAAUUUAUUUUAUAAAUUUGAAAAUUUAUUUAGGAAAUUAAGGUAUACUACCUACCAAAAUAAGUUUUUGAGGAAAAAAGUUUUGAGGAAAACAUGUUUCCUCUGUUUGAAACAAAGCUGUUUCAGCAGAAACACUCUUCAUUUAUCCUUUACAAGUUUCAUUUGAAGAAAGUUAGAAAAAAAAUACUUAAAAAUGUAAGCACUUGAUAAAUCCCUCAAUUUAAAAAGCUAUUAAAAUGUCCAAUAAAUUUCUAUUUAAAGUGCAAGAUUUCAGGAUAAUACACUAUUUGACCCUGAAUUGUAACCAUCCCCUUUCCAUGUAACCAUUCAGUUUGAUACAUUAAUAUAUAUAUAUAUCAUCAAUUUUGCUGCCUCCUGUGAUUCAGUGGUGACCUGUAAGGCACAUUUGUACCUUAUGGCUGAUGGAUUUUUCUGACAAAUAGGGAGAGUUUAAAGCACAGUCAAUAAAAUUUUUUAAGGGAAAAGGAGCUACAUAGAUUGAUAUUCUAUAAGUAAUAAAUAAGAUUUUUUUUAGAAGUGGAGAAAGGCUUGGUUGAAAUAAGUAAAUCAUAACUGGUAAAUUCUUUUACAGUAUCUUGAUUGGCAGCAAAGGUGGAUUAUGCUCAGUAUUUAAUUAGAAAUAACGUAUCUUUGUUUUCUGCCUUUAAAGUAGAUGUAAAAAACAUAAAAAUAAAAAAGAAGAUC